AUGGGGGAGGCUGUUCUUGGUGCAUUCCUCCCGGUGCUGCUUGAGAAGUUGGCGGAUCAAGAGAUCACUGAGUACUUCGGACGCCUUAAGGGGGUCGACAAAAAGGUGCUGGAGAAAUGGACUAGAACGUUGACGGCCAUUGAAGCGGUGCUGAGUGAUGCCGAGGAGAAGCAACUAACACAAAGAGCAGUAAAAGAGUGGCUGGAUGAUCUCAGAGAUUUGGCUUACGAUGUUCAAGAUGUAUUGGACAUAUUUGAUACUAAAAUGCUGAAGCGGAGGAUUGAAAAGAAACAAGGAAGCAAAAGCAAGUUAUGGAGCUCACUCUCUAAAGUUAAGUCCAAUUUUGGUCUGAACUCAGCAAUCAAGAAGAUAAGUGAUCGACUUGAGGAGAUAAGUACUCGAGAGAAGCAGUUUGGUUUGAAGAAACUUGGAGUGUCUAAAAAGCCAUGGAAAAUGCCACCCACUACUUAUCAACUUGAUGGACCUGUGAUCGGAAGGAAUGAAGCAAAGGCUAAGAUUCUCUAUGAUUUGCUUUCAAAACAAGAGAAUUAUCAUGUGGUUGGUAUUGUCGGUACUGGAGGACUAGGAAAGAAAACACUUGCUAAACAUGUAUUCAACGAUGCUGCAACCGACCAGUUUUCCCCAAAAGGAUGGGUAUCUGUGUCAGACGACUUUGACAUUGUAAGGGUGGCAGCAGCCGUUUUGGAAUCAGUCACGUCCGCUCCAGUUCAGGAAUUCAAGGAGCUUAACUCAAUUCUGGAGAAGUUAAGUAAGGAAUUGGCUAGCAAGAAGUUUUUAAUUGUUCUUGAUGAUGUCUGGGACACUUGUAGCUAUGGUCAAUGGACUACACUGCAGGCCUCCUUUCGUGUUGGAGCAGCUGGAAGUAAGAUCAUCGUGACAACACGUGACGCUAAUGUCGCAAAGAUGAUGGGAGAUAGUAGCCCUUAUAACUUGAAGCCGAUGUCAGAAGAUGAUUGUUGGAAACUCUUUCAGCACCAUGCACUCUUAAAUAACAGACCUGAAGAUGUUGAGUUGCUUAAGGAGAAAAUUGUAGAAAAAUGUGAUGGGUUGCCGUUGGCUGCAAGGACACUUGGUGGUCUUUUACGCUGUAAAAGACUAGACGAAUGGGAAGACAUAUUAGACCACAAGACGUGGACACUAUCAGACUCAGAACAGAACAAGAUGGAGGAUAUCCUUCCGGCAUUAAAACUGAGCUAUCAUUAUCUCCCUUCGACUUUGAAACGGUGUUUCUCCUACUGUGGAAUACUUCCAAAUGAUUAUGAAUUUGAGGAGAUGCAAAUUAUCCUUUGGUGGAUGGCAGAAGGUUUGAUUCCGCAGCAACCCAAAGAACAUAAGCAAAUUAAUGGAAGAUUUGGGACGUAA